GCUGCCUCGGCUACAUUGUAUCAGUUCCCACACGAAGAACCACCACAGAGCUCAUCCACCGGCGGAGAACACGGAGGAAUUAUAACCGGAUGGGAUCGUAGUGGCGCGGGGGGGGGACUAAACUCGGCGAAGGCUGCGGGAACGAAGCGGGCUUGGUGUGGAGCACGGAGCGCCCCGGGAACAUGCCCCUCGGAGCGGGCUUUUGUGCGCGCUCUGGACGGUGUCUCGGAGUGUGGUGGUGGUGGUGAUGGCAGGAGUCCAGUGAAUCGCUGGGGCUGUUGGAUAUCUCUGGGAGUGCGCUGCCGCUGCUCUCGGGCUCUAACACUGGGUUUUCUCACGGCUUUUAUCCACAGAACUCCAUUUUCCGAGUGACUUGUUGUGUUUUUGGAGUUGUCGCCGUCAUGGAUAAAGAGGGCUCGGGGAUAGGAGUGGCUAAUUAAGUCGAAACAUAAUGUGGUUCAAUGGGCCGGGGACGUGCAGACCGUGAGCCUUCUCUGAGCCUGGAGUCCCGAGCGAGCGAGAGGCUGCUGGACCUCCCCGAGGCGAUCCUGGCCCGUUGGCACUAAAAUGUCCCUCAGUGGUGGCACUGCAGGCGGGAAAGGUGUGGACUCGAAUGCGGUGGACACUUACGACAGCGGGGAUGAGUGGGACAUCGGCGUGGGGAAUCUGAUUAUCGACCUAGACGCCGAUUUGGAAAAAGACAAACUGGAAAUGUCCGGCACCAAGGACGGAUUGACGGCACCCACCAACGCUGUGGCGUCUCUGCCCGAAAACAUCCGCUUUGUCAGCCCAGUGUCCGGAGCUCAGGGCAAAGAGAGCAAAUCCAAGUACAAGCGCACUAAGAACACUAAAGACAAUAAUAGCAAAGCGUCCUCUGGAGAUAUGGGGAAGAAGGACACUACAGGGCGGACUCAAAUGGAGCCCACAGCCCCGGCUGUGAAUGCAACAGCCGCGGGCAACAACUCCACCUCUAAGGGUGUGGAGAAGGGGGGAAAGGCCUCUAGGGGUGUGGUGGGAGGUAAGAAGGAAAAGGAGGCCACGGGGAAAGGUAAGAAGGACAAAAGUGAUGGAGCCCUGGCCGAGAAGGAGCUCCAGUCUCAGGCCCAAGUGGUGCUGGGGAACAGUCGCACCACGGCCUUUGAGAACUCCCAGUCUGCAGACCUGACGGACGCUAAUCAAACGGGGAUUAUUGCACUUGAAAGCGUUGGGAUAGUACCAGCACUGAAAACGGAACCGGAUGAAAUGGAGAACGGGGAAUGCAAAGCGCUCAAGAAGGUCAAAAUUGAGAAGAUGGACUCCCCGAUCUCCACACCGGCACCUCCUCCCCUCCACCUCCUCUCCACCUCCUCCUCUGGGAUGGGGGGCGGCGGCUCGGAGAUCUCGUCCCCGUGCGAGCAGAUCAUGGUGCGGUCGCGUUCGGUGGCGGUGAACACGUCAGAUGUGGCCCUCUCCACGGAGCCCGAGUGCCUGGGUCCCUGCGAGCCUGGCACCAGCGUCAACCUGGAGGGCAUCGUGUGGCAGGAGACGGAGGACGGCAUGCUGGUUGUGAACGUAACCUGGAGGAACAAGACGUACGUGGGCACUCUGUUGGACUGCACACGGCACGACUGGGCUCCCCCGAGAUUCUGUGAGUCUCCCACCAGCGACUUGGAGAUGAGAAAUGGGCGCGGGCGGGGUAAACGCAUGAGACCGAAUAACAACACCCCCAUCAACGACAACAGCAAUUCAUCAGACAACAAGGGCACUACCAACAACAAGACCCGCGGUGCGUCCAACAGCAAGGGUCGCCGUGGCAGCCAGACCCCCUCCGAGCGCCGCACCCCUCCCAACAGCAACACUGAAGACGUCAAAGCCAGCCCUUCCUCCGCCGGGAAGCGCAAAACCAAACCUACUUCGGACAUGGAGCCGAAUUCUAGCUCAGAGGACUCUAAAGGCAACAAGCGGAUGCGUACAAAUUCGAAUAGCGGAAUAGUAGGCGGGGUACACUUGCCGACUAUAAAAGCAGAGCCUCUUCCUCCUCCCAUUGACCGGACUUGCCCCUCGCCAGUUCUCAUUGACUGCCCCCAUCCCAACUGCAAUAAAAAGUACAAACACAUCAACGGACUCAAGUAUCACCAAGCUAGAGCUCACAACGAUGAUGAUGUUAAGUUGGAGAUUGACGGUGAUAGCGAAUACGGAGAAGAUUCCACUCUCCACCCCGAACCGGGAAGCUGCAAUGGAGCGUCGAUAUCCCAGAAAGGUUGCAUGUCACCGGCGAGAUCGGUAACACCAAAAGGUAGAGGGUUCGACGCCCAAAGUCCUUCGCCAUCGCCGGGCAAGUUUGGGUCCAAGCCUGGUAAAAAGAAAGCCAUGGAAGUUGAGGCAGAACCCAUGGAUGGUUGUGAAGACGGGGUCUGUCUAACUGAUGAAACGAGCAAUGAUGGGUUAGAUGACAAGAGAGGUGGGAAAAAGGCUGGGGGGAAGGCUGACAAAUUGGUGCAGAAAAACAUGAAGUCUCCGCGGCCCGUCGCUCCAGGAUCUGCAGCGUCCCAGCAAUUAUACACCUUUCCUCCUGGCAAUCCGAACUCCACUUCAGCAGUAGCGCCAAUCAUGCAAGGUAUCCCCAAAAGCCCCCAAAUGAAGGGUGCGCAACCUAAACCGCCAGCUAUAGCUGACCCUGCUUCGAAUAACUCCAAAGAAAAGAAAAAGAAGGAAAAGAAGAAAAAGGAUGGGUUGAAGGAUGCAGAAAGCCCUAAACCGGCGGGAAAGGGAUUAAAAACAGAGGACGGGAAGGUCCCCUAUCCAGAUCCCUGUGAACAAGGGAACAAAGGAGAUGGACUUCUUAACGGAUCCUCAGACCCACACCAGAGUCGGCUAGCUAGCAUAAAAGCAGAAGCAGACAAGAUUUAUAGCUUCUCUGAUAACGCGCCAAGUCCGUCGAUUGGUGUGGCGAGUAGGAUAGACGGAACUGGCAUGCCGCAGCCCUUAACGCCCCUUCACAUGGUCAGCCAGAACGGAGCUGACAACGCCUCAGUGAAAACCAACAGCCCUGCCUACUCGGAUAUCUCAGAUGCUGGGGAGGACGCGGAGGGUAAGUUGGAAGGAGUUAAAACUAAGACGGACGACCAAGGCAUUCGGGAAAGCGUCAAGAAAGCAUUGUUCCCAAAUCAACCAUCUAACAAAGACUCUCCGUACUAUGCUGGAUAUGAGGCCUAUUACUCACCCAAUUACGUCAACCCAAGUCCCGGUGGGCCCAAUCAGGGGACACCAGCAGGGGAAGGGCCGGUGAAAUUGAAAAGGGAGGACGACCAAGAGCAAGGUGAGGACAAAGUCAAGGUGGAGAUUCACGAAGAUCGCAAACCAGACGUCAACACUCCCGGACAGCAGCCGCAGCAGCCAUCGGUCAUCCAGCAGAGGUCCAACAUGUACAUGCAGCCGCUGUAUUACAACCAGUACGCCUACGUCCCGCCCUACGCCUACCACCCCGACCAGGCCUACCACAACCACCUGAUGAACACUAACCCGGCCUACCGACAGCAGUAUGAGGAGAGGCAGAGACAGAUGGUGGAACAACAUCGCGCUGCAGAGAAGAAGGAUGUAAAAGAGAGGGAGGCCAUGAAAGAGGACUGGAAGCAAAAGAGUCCGCUGCCUCCCAGUCUCUCCAAAGCCCCCAACCAAUCUGAGAUGGGGAAGUCACAGCCCCAGAGCAAAUCUAGAGACUCUCCGUCAGAACCCAAGUCUAUGGUCGGUCUAAAGGGAGAUGAGACCAAGACACCACAGGCAGAGGGGCUGAAGAUGAAGCUGACAGAUGGGGCCCACCAUGGGAAGGAUGACUCCAAACAGGCUCUGGAGGCCCGGGGACAGGCGGGGAUGGAGCAGGCCAUGUGGUACAGACAGUAUCCUGAGAGCCAGAAGCCGUCGGUGGAAGAGGAGCACCAGCAGCCGCCCCGGUGGAAGGACGAGCGGGAGCGGGAUCGGGACAGGGAGCGCAAGCUAAAGGAGGAGCGGAGCAGGCCAAAAGACUCUCAGAGUGGAGCUAAAGAGGAUGCUAAGGACAGCGAGCGGCUAACAGAGGAGCACCGCUCCCUCAGCAAAGACUCACGGCCUAACCCACACAUGCAGUUCUCCUCCCCCCUCGCACAGCACCAGGGGUACAUGCCCUACAUGCACGGGUACCCCUAUGGACAGGGCUUUGACCCCAACCACCCAGGGUACAGGGGCAUGCCCUCCGUCAUGAUGCAGAACUAUCCAGGUUCGUACCUACCCGGAGGCUACCCAUUUUCCCCAUAUGGGAGUAAAAUAGUUGGUGAGGAGGGCAGUGAGAAGUCUCGUGCUAGUCCCACUGUGACUAAAGCCGCUCCGGACUCCAAAGCGCUGGACAUUCUGCAUCAGCACGCCAGCCAGUACAAGAGCAAGUCCCCCACAGUGGGCGACAAGGCUCCGCACGAGCGGGACAGAGAGGGGGAGCGAGGAGCGACCGGGGACAGGGAGCGCGAUGUGGAACGGCCGCGCUCCUCCCCCUCACAGCGCAUCAUGCCCUCACACCACCACCUGGGAUACCCUCUGCUCUCAGGGCAGUACGACCUCUCCUACUCCACAGGGAAACCUGACCGUCACACCUCAACCCUGCAGAGAUUCAUGUGACUGGCUCACAUGGCGCAGCCUCCUGGGUGUUACCUUUAGACAUCAGUUGAAUGGUGUAUCUCUCUCUUUCUCUGUUUUUAGUUCUUCUGCCCCACGGCUUGGCAGAUCGUCCUCCUCUUUUUUUCGUUUUGUUUUUUUGUUUUUUCCCUCCCUGCCCUUCGUCAAAGCUUGAACUUUUCCAGGACUGCCACAACCAGGUUCUAAGCCAUCUGCCCACCCGGACCCCUGAAAAACUCACUUAGUCUCUGCACUGUCGACGAAUACAAUGCAAAAAGACCCUAUUGGAGAACAGCAUUAUUUUAGUUGCUUUUUUUUUUUUUUCGUCAAAGAAUCAACAGUGGGUUUUCAAAAGGGAGCGCUAGGUGGAAACCGUAAAAUGGGGGAAAUCAUAUAGAAGUGAUUUAAAUUCUCACGUAAAACAAGAAUAUAUCCGAAACUUGAGACGUUUUGGAGAAGGGGGGAAUAUACCAGCCGCUGCUUUCUUCGCGGAGACGUGAGAGUGGACAUUUUAGCCACCGCCAUCUUUGUUUUCCAGUUCAGGGACGUCAUCUCUCACCAACGGACCGCGUACACCUCAAUGGAAUUAACAUUGUCCAUAUUCUGUCAUAAUCUGUUCCAUAUCAUUUUGUUUCAUCUUUGAAUGUUCCAUUUUCAUACAUAUGUUGAAGCCAUAUGAGCAAGUGAUUAGUGUUUUUGAUACUGAGGAAUAGACUCGAUACUCGAUACCGAUUCCGAUAUCACGAUUAUAACACAAAACACUCUUUAUUUAGACAGUAGAAUGUGAUAAUCGACCUUAAAUCAUAGUACUUUUUUAUAUUCCCAUGCGGUCUUUUCUCUGUGUACUCCCUCAGUCGUCCAGGUAGGUCCCGUAGUGGUCCAUGGGCGUAUACUAGUCUACGUGGUCUUAUAUUUGUUCUUAUACAGCUCAAGAUCAUUCUAAAGCUGUUCAGGAAAGGUUCAUUUCUGUCCUGUGAAUGUGACUUUUCUAGUAUCGAUACCCUCUCAAACGAGUAUCGAUUAAUAUCUGACUUUUGACAACCCUACAAGUGAUACAAUUUUUGUCAAUAAGAGCCACUACUUUGUUUUGAUUUUGUUUUCUAGUACGAUUGUGCACUGAACAAUGUGAAAUUUGCUAUCUCUAUUUUUCUGCUGUAAAAUAAGUCUUCAGCCUACAAAAUGUGCGUAUAUGUUUAUGUAUUCCCGCGGGCGACUGUGUACAGAAUAAUUCUCACUGUAAAUUAGAUCACAGCUUGUAUUAUGAAACACUCAGAUAUUUGAAUGCCAUAUUUUGUCAUCUCCUCUUUCACUGUGCAAAAAAAUUAUCUCAAAAAGAUCUCAAAUUUUUGUUAUUUGUUUUGGAAAUGUUUGAAAGUUUUGAAUAGUUGCCAUUUUGGGUUUUGCGCAUUUUGCUCAUGUGGCUUCAUCAUAAUCGAGUUUCUCAGAAUUUAGGCAGUUUAAAGGUUUGGUCUUGGUUUUUCAGCUGGUACAGUGAAAAUAAAUAUUGAGAUGUUAACGUUUUUACAGAUCAUACAUAAAAUAGAGACAAACUGAUGACACUAAACAGAGGAGUGAGUGAAAUUAGAGAUGGAACUGUCCUAUUAAAGAAAAACUAUGGAGCUUUUGCCACAGAUUGCAUAGAGUUUACGAUGCCUAUACAGAUUUUUAGUAUUUCAGUCGAUUACAUUGUUCAGCCCUUAAAGGUGCACUAUGUGACUUUUCUAGUGGCCGCAGUUUGACACCUGCUUGUUGCCGUGGAGAUGUUCCUGCUUUGCUUGAAAUGUUCCACAGUAUAAUUCGUUCACAGGUUUCAACUUCCUGUUAUAUGAAACGUUUUGAGGACUUUUACCCAUUCAAAAGAUGUCAUAUUUUGUUUUAAAUUGUUAGUUGCUAUGGCAGCCGUUCUAGUUUUUUAUCAUUCUGAAAAAAAACAACAUUGGUAUUUGUUUCUAUUGCUCCAAAACACCUUGAAAAACAUUAUUUUUACUCCGAGCGGGGUCACUUCUUACAGAUCUGACCUGCAGUUUGACCUGGUUUAGUCACCUGCUUGUAUCCAUGGAGACAGAUGAGAUUAAUGCCAUAUUGUGGAACAUUUUAGAUAAAGUAAGAACAUCUCUACGCAGACAAGCAAGUGCCAAAUCCUCUACCAGAAAAGACCGAUAUUGCACCUUUAAUUUAACAUCAUUGUUCACUGAAAUAAAAAGGCAAAAUAACUUUAUUGUUCAUUUCUGCGGAGAGGUGCUGUACGAGGUCAUAAGUAUUAAAUAAAUUAUUCAAAUUUGGUUUUAAAAUUUAUUUUCUAAUGCAUUUUAGUGUGUCUUAUUUAAAUCAUUUUUAAAUUGACCCAAAUAUACAGAAUGCUUUGCCAGUUGAUGUUAAACUAAUAGUGAAAGUGUAAAACUGAAGUUGAAAUUCUAUUGAGGAAGGUCAGUGUCAAGUCUAAAACUGAUAUUGCCAAGUAAAGUAAAAAAAUAAUAAUAAUAAUAAUUGGAAAAUAGAAUAACAUGCUAGCUUUGUGAAACAUUUGCUUGGGUCCUGUGAGAAAAGAAAGACUGGGCUCUGCAGUACCACUCUACAGUUACGCCUGUCACGCUAAAAUAAAAUUAAAAAAUAAAAUUGAAGGUGUUUUAUGUGACUGACACAAUAUCAAUAAUGCAAGAAAAUCCUAUUAAAUUUACAGUGUCAUUCAAAAGGCCUGAGCUGCAACAAAUAUAUGAAUGAACCAGAAUGUACCAAUAAUUAGCCAUAAAAGUGACUUAUUCAACCCUCUACAGCUCAAAACUUUUCAUAUUACAACAAAAAUACCCCAAAUCUCCCCACUUUUACACACGAUGAAUAUUUGACCUCAAAAUGUAUAGUUCCUGCUUUCAUAUACAGUACUCAACGAUAAGUGGAUAUAGUAAUUAUCAUGACAGACCCAUCUACAGCAACCUUUUUACAAUUACCGUGAAGGAACGCAAAAAAGUAUGUGAUUAUCCACAAAAAAAACCAACAACACACUUUAAAUAAAAUCAUUUCAUAAUUCAUGCAUUUGACAGAAGCAAAGAAAGUUGCAUCGUAUAUUGAUAAAAGUGGGAGCUAAAGUGUCUUAAAAUGUGAAAGACGAUUGCAAAAAUGCGUUCGAACUUUAAUUUCCUCGCAUAUAAUUUUAGAGUUUCACCUGGCUUGUAAAGAACGUUUUUACGCGCAGUUUAAUGGCAAGCGUUUGGUUUGUUACGAAUUGGCUUUUUUCCUGCCAAAAUCGCAUAGUACGACCGAAUUUCUGUGAAGUGGCGAUGGGGCUGAACAAAAAAAAUAAAAAAAUUCAGGCAGAAAAGAAUCCAAUUUCGUCCCAUUUCAGUUCACAGGACACAUUUGAACACAUCCAGGAGAGCACAGUUGCGUAUUUACUGCUAAACUAAUACGAGAUUUGUAGAGGUGUAAACCACUAGGGCUAGCUCAUUUUAUACAGAAUAAACCCCUCCUUGGAGAGACCACAAAUUGGAAUUUUGAUUUGAAUGCAACAAGUUUCCCAUUUUCCAUGUUCACCAUUGGAUUUCAUCGUAAAAAGUCGCCAUCCCUGGUCCCGUUCCUCGUCCCUUUCCCCUCACUCACCCGACAAAAUGGCUUGUUUUUUUUGCAUCUAUGGUUGGAGUGUUUCGGUGUUCGUAACAUGUGAGGGUAUCCUAGGCAGCUGCGAUGUUGUCAUUCUAUUUUUAUUCUAGUCCCUGUUUUUUUUUAGUAUACCAGCAGACUGCAUACAUACACACAUAGUUUUUAUCCAGAACAAUGGUUGUGAAAGUGCUUCUGUUGUAUCAGAGAGUAAUGUUAUCUCAGUAGUUAAAGCAAAGUCCAUAUAUUCUAAAACGUGUAUGAAAAAGCCAGAGGUGUUUGCUGUCAGCAUAUUGGAACGUGCUUGGCCGUCGUUCUUCGUUUCAUGGUAAUAUAUAUUUAUUAUUGGCCAGCGGUUGUCUCCAUUUGGUGCCUAUAGUUGAACAUUCUGUGAAGAUUUGGAGGAGACAUUCGCUCGUUUGUUCGUUCCUUACCCGCCUUCUGUCACACUGACCCCCCCCCCCCCCC